AUGGAUUCUGCAGGUGAAGAUCCAGGGCAACCGCUUGACCAUGAUGUUCCCACCUCACGUGCGAAACUCAGAGAGUUUGAUCAUACCGAAGGUAGCAGAGUUCAAUGCUGCGCUGCAGCGGCAGCCUACCUGUGCAAACGUCAUAGUGCUGCGGUCGCUUUGAGUGUUUGGAUUGGGGCAAUCAAGAGCACCAGCGGCUCAUUUUUUUUAGGAGAGGCCAGGGCGAUCAUCCAGAGCACCAGCUGUCCCGUGCCAUUGUUGUUCAGGGUCAAACGGGACAUGCACGUACAAGCACCACGCAUCAGCUCCCUAGUGCUUGUGUGUUUUAGUGCGUUCUUGAGGCUGACACAGGCAGCUUUGGAUUGCUGUGUGGAGACCGUUUUGCUUGCUGUCAUUGAUGUAGAAGUAAGGCAGCAAGGUUCAGACAAACGCACAUCGUGGGUACAGGUGCAAAGCCGAGCACUGCCUUACCUAAGCAUGCUUCGGAGGAGACUUUGGGCCAUGAGAACGCAGAUGUGCGCGAAGUUGUAG